AUGUCUGAGAAACACCCACUUUCUGACCCUGGGAAGCUAGCAGAAUUGGGGAGCUUCCUGGGCAAAGGGAAGCGGGAGAAAGCCCAUAAACUCUUCAUGUACGCCCUCAAGAUGGAUCCAGAUUAUGUGGAUGCUCUGAAUGAGUUUGGCAUCUUUUCUGAAGAGGAGAAAGACAUCAUUCAAGCAGACUACUUGUACUCCAAAGCACUGACCAUUUCUCCUUGUCAUGAAAAAGCUCUGAUCAAUCGGGACCGAACUCUGCCCCUGGUUGAAGAGAUAGACCAGAGAUACUUUAGCAUUAUUGACAGCAAAGUUAAAAAAGUGAUGUCAAUCCCCAAAGGCAAUUCAGCCCUGCGGCGAGUGAUGGAAGAGUCCUAUUACCACCAUAUUUAUCACACAGUUGCCAUUGAAGGGAACACAUUAACACUCUCUGAAAUACGGCACAUCAUCGAGACCAGAUAUGCUGUUCCUGGGAAAAGUCUCGUGGAGCAGAAUGAAGUCAUCGGUAUGCAUGCUGCUAUGAAAUACGUAAAUACCACACUGGUAUCCCGAAUAGGCACUGUAACCAUCAGCGACAUUUUGGAGAUACACAGGAGAGUGCUGGGCUAUGUAGACCCAGUGGAAGCUGGGAGGUUUAGGACUACCCAGGUGUUUGUAGGACAUCAUAUCCCACCCCAUCCUCAAGAGGUUGAAAAACAGAUGCAGGAGUUUGUACAGUGGAUCAACUCCGAAGAUGCCAUGAGCUUACACCCUGUGGAAUUUGCUGCCUUAGCCCAUUAUAAAUUGGUAUAUAUACACCCAUUUGUAGAUGGCAAUGGAAGGACCUCACGCCUGUUAAUGAAUCUCAUACUAAUGCAGGCAGGCUAUCCACCCAUCACAAUCCGUAAGGAGCAAAGGGCAGAGUAUUAUCAUGUCUUAGAAGCAGCCAAUGAAGGAGACGUGAGACCUUUCAUACGCUUCAUUGCAAAAUGUACUGAGACCACUUUAGAUAUGCUGCUUAUUGCCACAACAGAAUAUUCAGUUGGUUUACCUGAGGCUGAUGGCAGCACUGCUAGAUACAAGCAAACUAUUCCAGUCAAAACUUGAAUGUUAUGACGAUCCAAUGACAAAAUGAAUGUGUGGAGUAAUAAAGCUUCAACAUUCCUGUUGAGAAACAACUCCACCAGAGGAGAAAAUCACUCUUAGCAUUUCAUUUAUUUAAAGAUUAGUAAAUUAAUAUACUUUUUUAUAUCCAUUAUCCUUAUGCCAAGCUAAACUGUGAAGCGUUAGUGUUGAACGUGCACUAGGUCCAGCUUGUGUAACUGGAGGGGAAAGGAGAGAGAAAUCCAAAGUGAGGCCAAUUUGCAAGUGUGAUCCAGGCUGUAGUAAAACUGAUUGAAUUACUUUCUACAAUCCUGUAUGAGAUGGCUUCCUAAAGCCAACACCUUGUAAUUGCCUCAAUGCCAAGUCUAUCUUAAUUUGUAUCGUACAGGGAAGGCACAAGCACCCUUUCUAAAAGUCACAAGGUAGGGGCUAGUAUUUUAUUGUAUUGCUACCAUUGUCUUAUUUCGCUUUCCAACAAAACCCCUUCAGCCAGUGUUGUAGCACUUUAUUUAAAAGCUCUUUAGCGGAAUUAUUUUCCAAUUGUCCAAAGGCUCAAGAUCUCCUUUCCUCCCUCACCCCACUGCUAAUGUGCCAUACUGCUCUCUAGUAGCUAAUCUACUUUUGUUAAAGGUAACAUCGAAAAUUAGGGCUUUUUUUUUUUAAACUUUGUAUAUGCUGCCAUACUUUGUAUGGUGUCCGUUCCCUCUAUUUGGGUGAGUUUUAUGCAGCAACGGGGGGUGUGGGGGGGGAUUUUUUAAAGUUGGUUUGAGACCACUGUCCAGAGGAUUCAGGAGCAACUGAACAACCCAUCUGUCCAAACUUAAUUCAACUAGAUUGCAAAUUGAUUUCUUCUAUUGUGUAUAAGGGUCCUAUACUGCCUCCUGCAGCUUAGUAAGGAUAAUAGCUUACCUAAUUCUGUAAGCAGUUGUCAUGCCAUAGAAAGUGACUCUUGCAAUGAACACUCCAGUUACAUGUUUGAAA